CAUCAUGCAUUUUGACAAUUUAUCACAGGAGGGAGUUGUCGUUUAGGACGACUGUAGAUUUUUUAUUUAUUUUCUUUUCGUAUAAGUAGGAAAACUAGUAAGAAGUGGUUUCAAAGUGUUCAGAGUAAAUUAAAGAUUCCGCCUAUUUUGAUAAAAGCUCCUAUCAACCAUGUGUUACGUUAUAAUAACUGGUAGAAGUCUAGUAUGGCUCCUGCUGAGUUUGGUUGCAUUUAUGUUCAUUUUGACCGGUAUAAUGACGCCGAAAUGGCUUUUGGCGCAACCAGUAGUAUUAAACGAGAAUAAUAAGACAACCUUUUACAUCCCAAGUGUCGGAAUUUAUAAUAGAUGCAUUCGUAUGGAAAGAGAUCCGAACAACUGUGCAUCAUUCUCCUUCUACGGUCUGGCUACGGACGCCACGGUCUACCCCACCCCUUGGAAGGCUGCUAUGUUCUUCUUAUCACUCUGUGCAGCGAUUCAGUUCGCGACAGUCCUGGGCGGCGUGAUGGCGUGUUGUGUGCAGGCUGUCUUCAAGAAGAGCGUCAUAUCGCUGGCUGGAGCCACGCAGGCUUUGGGAGGUCUAUUCGGCGUGCUAGGGUUGCUCCUGUACCCGUGGGGGUGGGGAUCUCAGCGUGUCAAGCGAAUGUGUGGCGAGUACUCUGAGCCUUACAUACCCGGAGACUGUUCUAUAGGCUGGGCCCUAUUCGUGACGGCGACGGGCGUGGCGCUGGUGUUCCUCGCCAGUGCGCUCUCGAAGACAGCGGACAAGGCAGCCAACUCGGACAAGGUGCAGUUCCAGAUGGACGAAGGAAAACAGCUCAUAUGUCUUGCUUGAUUGUGGCGGUUGACUGUAAGGUCGCAUUUAUAGCUAUAGGAGAGGCGAUUCGUUCGAAAUAAUGGAAUUUUGUUGACAUAAAAUACAACAUACAUAAACAGCCUAUAUACUGUAAGUCUCCGAAUAAUGCAUCAGAGACAGUUUUUGGAUGUUCAGUCAUGAGCCAUAUCAUGUACCCACUUUAGAACCAUGUCGCACUAUCAUAUUUGACAUUUAAUGAGACUUACGAUUUAAAUUGUCAAAAAUGUUAAAGUGACAUGGUUGCAAAGUGUAUACAUAUUAGUACUCGUGACCGUUCAACUCUACCGGGGUAAAUUAUAUUCCAUGUUAGAAGGUUUUAUAAUAAUAAACAUAAAUGGCGAAUGGUUGGUUGGUUGUAUGUAUUGUACACCUCUCCUACCCUUUUGGGGCUAUAGGCGUGAUGCUAUGUUUAUAUAAAUUUCAUUUCUUCGAACGAAUCUGCUUUUUUACCUUUAGAGUUCCAAAAUUAUUAUUCGAUCAUAACCCUGUGACUUCCCCAAUGUAUUUUUUAUAUUUUUAUACUCGCGAGGCUAUUGCCAUAGAUUCUCAUUAAAAAUUAAAAAAUAAACAUGACAAUAAUUUCAUCACAUCAUACAUACAUAAUAUAGGUACUGCCAUGGUAUAAGAAAACCAACCGAGUCUACAUGACAAUAAAAAUUUAUUGAGCACUCUGAUCAAUAAACGAUACGAAUGCUAUCUACGUAGAUGGACGUCAAACGGCUAUUGGUCGAAGGCCUCGAUAUAAUUCGCGCCGGCGCAGUUACCGUGCCUACAGGUAUGCUCAAAAGUGACAGCUAACAUUUCAAGGUUAGCCCAGCUGACGUCAUCCCACUCUGCGUUGCCAUUUCGUAAAAAAUAAAUUACCGACGACCAAUAUUUUUUUAAUUUUUAUAUUCACUUUGCAAGGAAAUUUUGAACUUUUAGUAAAAGAUUUACUUUUUAUAAUAUAUAUAUGUGACAAGUAAUAGUAAUUAAAUACAUGAGUCAGUAAUUCACUUAUUGUCAAUAAUAAAAUUUACGUCCUUGGAAUGUUGGAGAUACCAUUUAAUGGUAACACCUACGUCAUCAACGGGCUAGCAAUGGCGGCUUGUCAUAGGAUUGAGCAUACCAGCGGGCUUAGCACCGUAAGCACGCGACUCUUUCUCGCCGCGACAGACAUCAUCUGUCUCUUUCUGUGCAGUACUGUGAGAGAGUGACGGGUGACGUAAGUUGAAUUACUAUUACUUGUCAGAUAUAUAAAAAGUAAAUCUUUCACUUCUUCUUUUUCUUUUUUUUCUUUUUCUUAUACCAUGGGUACUGCAAGGGACAUGGAUUCGGGACGUGGUCGUUAUCUGAAAUAACGCAGUAUCCUAUACAGGGUGUUAGUGACGUCAUAACGAAAAUUUUGAGGGAUGAUUCAGACUAUGAUUCUGAGUUGAUAUCAAGUGGAAUUUUCCUUCGCAAAAAGGAACUGAAAAUGAUAAAAAAAAACACUAUAAUGUCAUGAUUUUACCGACAGGAAAUUCCACUGAUCAACUCAGAAUAAUCUGAAUCAUCCCCCUCAGUACGCGUUACAAUGUCACUAAAACCGUCAAACGUCAUUUUAGGGUUUCGAACCUCAAAAGGAGAAAUGGAACCCUUAUAGGAUAAUUUCGUUGUCGGUCUGUAUGUCUGUCAAGACCCUUUUUUUGGAAAAGCGCAUAGGUAUCAAGUUGAUAUUUACAUCUAAUACCUAUAUCUUCGGUCCCUUGAAGCUGUAAAAAAAUCAAGUUUCUAAAUCGUCGCAAUCCUGUAAAGAAAGGCUUGUAAUACGAGAAUACGCCAUAUUGACGAUUAUAAACCAUAGACUGAAAUUGACUUCCAGUUAAAAAAGAAAAAAGUGCACUUAGUCAUAGGUCAUAGACAAGUCAAAGAAAUUUUUAUACUUUUUAAUACUCAAUUAGGUUAGGCAUAUAUAAUUAUGUUUUACUUUAAUAUUUAAACCUUUUAUAUGAAUUUACUGUUAGCAGAAAUUAUUACAAAUGGUCACAAGUGUAAUUAUAAGUCAUAUUCAAAUUAUAUUACAAAGAGAAAAUUCAUUCAUUAACUAACAAAAAAAGGACUCGGACGGGAUUUGUACCCGCAGCUCUUGUUAAAGUGCUCGCGUGUUAACCAUUACACCGCCGGGUCCUUAUCCUGAAUCCUGACGCUCGGGACCGUCAGGGGGAUUAAAAAAACCACAUUGAAGCAAUUCAUCUAAAAAAUAAGCAACUUUGUUGUUGAAACUGCGCGCUUUAUAUGUGCAAAUGUCGAAAAGCAAUAUUUCAUUCUUUUUGUGAUGAAAUGCUUUAAUGUGGCCUUUUUAAGCCCAACGGACGCUCAUCCACGCUUGUCAAGAAUCAAGCUUCAAGUCGCGUCCAAGUCAAACGUUUAUAGUUAAUUUUCUCUUUGUGUGUUUUCCUAGGGACGGGUGU